UCACACAGGAAUGAAGCUCCGUCUCCUCUCAGAUCCGCUUCAGAGCAUCUUUCAGCGGGGGGACUGGAAGAUGCAGACAUCGGUAUGUGGCGCUCCUGCAGGAUUUCUGGAUUCAUGACGACCGGAGGAAGAUGUAUGAAUUGAUUUGUGUCAUUCCUGGCGUUAUUGGACAUUUCUUUCUUUCCGCCGUGUGAAUGUGAACGUAUAAUGGAGCUUCAAUGCAAAGCUUGAGAAUCAUUGACCGACAGUUCGUGGACAAUAAGCAAAUGAAAUCAGAGCGAGGGGGGGUCGCAUCAUUUGCAAUGGUAAUUUUUUUCAUCUCUAUUUUUAGCUACAAUUUCUUCUCUGUGUGGUGACAUGACCAAGAAGCCAUGCUGAAUAUGUUAUUCUUCAUUUUUUUAUGAUAUGCAAUUCAAAGAGAGCUGUCAUAGAAUCUGGAUAAAAUAUUAAAGCCUUAUUCAUUUAAAAUUGUCUAAUUUCAAAGAAGUCAUGUCCAAGAACAAGAGCAGUGAGUCAGUGAAGGUGGUAGUUCGAUGCCGUCCGUUGAACCGCAAAGAGGAAUCCAUUGGUCCUGCUGGGGGGAUUGUGCAAAUGGAUCUGCGGCUUGGACAGGUGAUCCUCAGAAACCCCCGGGCUCCACCAAGCGAGCCCCAAAAAACAUUCACAUUUGAUGCGGUGUACGACUCAAGCUCUAAACAGCGAGACCUCUAUGAUGAAAGCGUCCGGCCGUUGAUAGAUUCGGUUCUUGCAGGGUUCAAUGGCACCAUCUUUGCCUACGGGCAGACCGGAACUGGGAAAACAUACACCAUGCAGGGGGUGUGGCUGGACCCGGAGAAGCAAGGUGUGAUCCCUAAUGCUUUUGACCACAUAUUCACGCACAUCUCCCGCUCACAAUCUGACAAGCAGUACCUGGUGCGAGCCUCCUACCUAGAGAUUUACAGAGAAGAGAUCCGUGAUCUCCUUGACCCCAACCACGGCAACACCAGAGGACUGGAGCUCAGAGAAAGUCCAGAGACAGGAGUGUAUGUUCAAGAUCUCACGUCAUGCGUGUGCAAAAGCAUCAAGGAGAUAGAGGAGGUAAUGAAUGUUGGUAAUCAGGCGCGAGCAGUUGGGGCAACAGACAUGAAUGAACAUUCGUCCAGGUCCCACGCCUUGUUUCUGAUCACAGUGGAAUGCAGCCAGCCGGGACCAGAUGGGAGGAAGCAUAUCCGAGUUGGACGCCUAAACCUGGUCGACCUGGCUGGCAGUGAGAGGCAAGCCAAGACUGGGGUCCAGGGAGACCGUCUUAAAGAAGCUGCUAAGAUCAACCUGUCUCUAUCAGCUCUAGGGAACGUGAUCUCAGCUUUAGCAGAUGGACGUAGUGGCCAUGUGCCGUAUAGGGACUCCAAGCUGACCCGACUGUUGCAGGACUCUUUGGGUGGUAAUGCAAAGACUGUCAUGGUUGCAACUCUUGGUCCUGCCCCCCAGCAUUACGAAGAGACUCUGACCACCCUUCGUUAUGCCAACCGUGCAAAGAACAUCCAGAACCAGCCCAGAGUCAACGAGGACCCCAAAGAUGCUCUGCUCCGUGAGUUCCAGAAGGAGAUCGCUCGUCUCAGGGCCCAGCUCAACCACAGGAGGUGGAGGAGCAAACAGAAAAAGGAGCAGAUGGACGAUGAGGCUUGGGAAAGAGAUGGGAAUGAAGAGGAGGAAGAUGAGGAGGAGGUUGAGGAAGAGGAAGCAGAACAGUUUGCAAAGCUAGAAGAACAGAGGUUAGAGAAAGAGAAUGAGGCCAUCAGAGAUGAUCGAUUCCUGUUGGCAGGGGAAAAGCAGAAGCUCCUGGGGGAAAACGAGAAGAUGAUGGGGGAUCUGAGGAAGAGACAGGAAGCCACUGAACAGCUUACUGCCAGAUACAAGGCAAUGGAAAGCAAGCUGCUUGUUGGAGGGAAGAACAUAAUAGAUCACACCAAUGAGCAACAGAAGAUUCUAGAGAUGAAAAGGCAGGAGAUCGCUGAGCAGACACGCAGAGAGAGAGAGAUGCAGCAGCAGAUGUUGAUCCAGGAUGAGGAGACAGUGGAGCUGAGGGAAACUUUCACGUCUCUUCAACAAGAGGUCGAGGUUAAGACAAAGAAACUCAAGAAGCUGUACGCCAAGCUCCAGUGCAUCAAGGCAGAGAUCAAGGACGUGAAUGAUGAACACGUUAGGAGCCGACAGGAGCUGGAGCAAACGCAGAACGAGCUCACCAGAGAGCUCAAGUUCAAGUAUCUGAUCAUAGAAAACUUCAUCCCUCCAGAAGAAAAGAAUAAGAUCAUGAACAGGCUGAUGUUUGACCCUGAGGAGGAUCAAUGGAAGUUCAAGCCUCUUGUUCCAGAUGACAGUAAAUCUUCACAGAUGAAGAAAAGACCGGCAUCAGCAGUUGGAUACAAACGACCCAUCAGUCAUUACGCGCGAGUAGCCCUGUCGAUGGGAGCUCAUUCCAGAUACAGGGCUGAGAAUAUCAUGUUUCUAGAGCUGGAUGUGACCCCUCCGAACCCCUCAGCUCUGACGGACGGGGAGCAGAACCAAAGUCCCUCUCUGAACAGCUCGCCCACUAAGGACAAAGGAGUCUCCAAGUCCCAGUCCUGGUGUCCGAGCCAAAAGUCCAUGGCUUCCUCUUCUUCUAACAAUUCCUUGGCAGGUUGUCAGACUGCCACGACUGCAGUGGCAAUGUAAAGCUUUAUUACAAAUAGUUUUUUACAUUUUUAUUUAUUUUAUUGCUUCAGUUUUGGUCUGUUUGCCGUAUUAAAGACAUUUAAGCGAGGCCUACAGCCGCGUCACAAACAUACAUCAUCACCUCUGCUGCCUCUAAAGAAGGCAUAACCAUAGAAAACAGGAAGCUAACAGACCAGACAAACCUCAGAGACUUUGUGAAACUUCCCCCCCUGAGUGUUUUUGGAUUAAACCGUUCCUCUUUUUUUUUUGCAUGUUUGAAUCAAAGAUGCUUUGGAUCAUAGUUUUGAAAGAAAGGCUAUUGCACUGAGCUAAAUGUGGUAAGUGUCUAACAGAGAAAUAGGUUCCAAUAGAGACCAGUUUAAAUCUCAAUAAAUCAUAAGAUAUCUGUAUAUAUUCAAUCUAUUGUUUUUUGUUUUUUUUUCAGGGUAGAUUUGAUCCAUUUUUAUGUAAAAGAAAGACUUAAACAUUUAGAAAAGUUUUGUCUGUGUUAGCUUUUGGAAAUGAGAUUAGUAAAAAAAAAAAAGUUUGCUUAUUGGUCAGAUGUGGUACCGAAACCUGAAUGAUGACCUUUAUCCGUGUUCAGUCCUCUGUCUUUCUGUGUCUAAUUCAACUCAGAUGUCUUGAAAAACUGUCAUUAAAACAAAGAAUG